ACAUUACUAGCCUAGCAGCUAACUGCACUGACUCCCCCAUUGCGCAAUUAUGUCACAAUAAUUUAUUCAGCAUUUUCUUUCUUCCCGCUUCUUGUGAAUCUUGCACGAGCAUGGGGAUAGUCCUCCAUCUUAUAUCAAUUUUAUCGUAUGCUUCACUGAUAUGUACAUCAACCAGCAACGAUUACAAACGACUUCUUCGGAAUUAUGAUAAAUAUCAACCUCCAUCCAUUUCCAAUGGAUCUGAAAAUGCAAAAAUUGAAGUGAAAGCUUUUCUCCAUCAUCUAACUAUAUCCAUGCUUUGGAAGGACAAAAGGCUGAUACCAGAGGAUUGGCAGUAUUUAUUUGUUCCAUUAAAACUUGAUGAGAUAUGGUCUGCUGUACCAAGUGUCGCUUGCAGAGCUGGUUCCAAAACACUAGAACUUGGAUCAGGCGAGGAAAUGCGCAACUCUGCUGUAGUGUAUGCUGAUGGCACUGUGCAUGGUAGAAGUGUGCUCAUUUUUCGUUCCAUGAAACUGUGCCGCAGUGAUUUGACAGAUUGGCCCUAUGAUACUAAAAUCUGUUAUUUACGUUUCAUCAGCCCAGCAAUCAACGGUGCAAGAGUGCAAUACAAUCCUGUCAUAUUGCAAAUCUACUGAUAUCGCUAUCCUUUUUCUUCCUUGAGCCGCACUCGAGAGAGAGAUUUGUUCUCCUACUGCUGGUAACCAUAAUACAAUUCUAUUUUCUUUUGACCAUUUCCCUGUUGGCUCCCCAUCGGCACUACUUUCAUCGACCAAAAAUAGAGUAUUUCAUUGAGAUGACGGCAAUCAUAAUCUUGGUUCAAAUAUUUCUAGUGAUAUUCUGUCGAUACAUCAUCGCAACCGAGUACAAUCCUCCAUUCUUAUCCAAAGUAGAGAGUACGGUUAUGAUGAAUAGAACUCUCAAAGCAUUUUUUCUAUUGGAUUUUGAACCGAAGGUUGCUCAUAAAUUAAUGCAAGAGGAUGAGGAUUUUCUAAUCACAAAGAAAAAUCAAACAA